AUGUCUCGACGGCCCGGCAAUGACAGGGCGGCCCAGAAUGCCCAAACUCUUAAAGCUCUAGUCAAGCUCGAAGGAAACAAAGUCUGCGCCGACUGCAAAAGAAACAAGCAUCCACGAUGGGCAAGCUGGAAUCUCGGUGUGUUUAUUUGCAUUCGCUGUUCGGGCAUUCAUCGAGGGAUGGGUACUCAUAUCAGUCGAGUCAAGUCGGUUGAUCUGGAUGCCUGGACGGACGAGCAACUGCAGAGUGUCCUGAAAUGGGGCAACACAAGAGCGAACAAAUACUGGGAGGCCAAGUUGGCGCCGGGGCACGUGCCAUCGGAAGCAAAGAUUGAGAACUUCAUACGUACAAAGUACGAAUCCAAGAGAUGGGUAAUGGACGGUCCCAUGCCCGAUCCCUCGACGCUAGAUGCCGAAGGUGACGAUAAUAUGCCGUUGAAUAUUGUGCAAGAGAAGGCCAAAAUUGAGAGGUCGGCUUCUCAGCGUCAAGCGUCCACCCAACCACCUCCGCAGCCUCGUGCUGCUGCAAAUGUGAAUCUCUUUGACGACUUCGCACCAGCUCCACCAGUCAGGCCUAACACAGCAGACAUUCUUGAGUCAAAACCCACGCGAACUGGUCCAGUGGCCCCGGCUCCGGCUGCGAAACCCGCUGCGAGGCCACAAGAGUCUCUACUUGGGUUAGAUUUCUUUGGCGGCUCGUCAUCAAGUGGCGUUGGUCGACCUUCGAGUGCGGCGUCUAACCCUCCAGCAUCUACCAAUCCUCGAGGAGAUCUGAAGAGUUCAAUUCUGUCGCUGUAUUCUACUGCACCCAAACCUCAACCAGCACCUCAACCUCAGCAUGAUCGCCAGCCAUCAUUUGGUGGAACGGCAACAUCACCCCCGGCUGCGAAGCAAGAUGCAUUUGGAGGACUUGCUGAUGCCUUCAGCGGAUUGAGCUUCCCUAACCCAAGCACCACAAAACCCCCGGCACCACAGCCAUCCUCCGCAUUUUCUGCGUUCGGCAGCUUGACCAGUCCUGUUGCAGCGCCGAAAGCCACGCCCUCUGCAGCCCAGGUGGCUUCGCCGCCUCCCCUAAGUGGUGGCAGUUUCUUUGAAGCCUUCCCCUCCAAAGCGCCUGCUGCAAAACCUACCCUCACUUCGCCGUCGACCUCGAAUGGACUAGAUUUCUCGUUUACGCAAAGAGCACCGGCCCCGCAGCCCGCCGCAGCUCCAGGACCUAGGCCUUCUGCCACGUCUAUUUCUGCUGAUUUGUUUGCGACUGACGAUUUUGGUGGAUUUGCCAGCUCGACACCUACCUCGCCACCCAAGCCAGCUCCCAUGCCACAAGUAUCAUCACCUACUGUCGGCAACUCGACGUUUAGCUCACCUUUUAAUUUGUCUUCGCAGCCUGCACCGGGGCCGAAGCCAGCUCCCCAGCCUUUCAAAGCACCAGCCAUGCCUCAAACCAAUUCAUCAAUGUUUGAUCCAUGGGCUUCAGGCAGUGAGAGCAGCCCCUGGGGGGCGCCAGACCCGACACCUGCAAAGCCAUCGCAGCCCCAAGUCGAGUUAGGGAGACCACCAGCCCACAUUACGCCGAAUGAUAUCCAUGGAGGAUGGGGAGAGCCCAUAUCGUCGAGCAACAAACCCGUGCGACAGGCAUCAGUGACAGCCGACGAGGACUUUGGGGGAUGGACCUCGGCGUCGACAACACAGACGCCAGUGGCCCCGCCGGCCAAAAGUAGUGGAGGAUUUGGAAGUACAUCGGAUCCAUUUGAUAAUCCAUGGGGUUGA